GUGUGUAUACUAGCAACAUGAAAGGCAUCAUCAACGGUGCACUGUUUCCACAUCAUAUGUCUUUGGAGAUCUGAAUUACACAGGAAUUGAUUGAUGUCAUAACAAAAUGGAUCCGGGUGGCACAAUGGUGGAACCUCCUGUGCGUCGCCUACCACCCCUUCAAGUCCUCCAUGGUACCCCAGCCCUUGACCUGGACACCCCGCCACCAUCUCCCGGCACCCCUCAAGGAGAAUUGCUACCCACCAUUGCUACAGCAGCAGCUGCACCGGUACCGACACCAAGACUCAAAACCCGGAAUACACCACAAGGUCUACCGCAGUACUCCAAGGAGGAGAUCUCACAUAGUGUACAGAUCCUUGAGGAAUGCUUUGAGCUCUUGAAGCCACAGAACAGACCUUGCCUCCGUACCCGCGGAAGGGUAUCUUCGGCAUUCAUUCACAACAAGUACAGUGUGUCAAUAGCUCAUCAUUACUCGGAUCUGCAUGCGCUUUUGUUGCAAAGGGCGCGUCUGCAGCUCAUCAGAGACUGCAUGUACAGGGCGUCGCAGCUGCGUGAGCUGGUGACGAGCAUCCAGGGGUUGGUUCUGGCUGAACAGACUACCUUGAAAUCCCUGGAGAAUUGUGAAUGUUCAGACCCGACCACAAAACUAGAGUAUUUGCCAAGGCUAUGUGAACACUUACGGAUACAGCUCAAUGAUUGGUCUUCGAUUCAACAUCAGCUGCAUUCGGACAAAUGGUUGCAAUUGCUUCUCCCGCAACUUCGCUUGGACCUUAUGAAUAUGAGCAACACGCUUUAUUACUGGAGAGACUGUGUCCUGUUGUGGUUACAUAGGUUAAUAUACACAGGUAUUCGGGUGCUAGCGUUUAACCAUGCAAGUUCCAUGUCACAAGAACUCUUGUUUAAUGUAGGGCGUGGUAUGGAAGAGUUCAAUAGACUGCUAGCAAGACCUAUAGUUCUGUUUGAGCGUUUUUUGUUCUUAUCAUCAUCAUCAGAAUCAUCAGAAUCAUCAGAAUCAUCAAAUUCUUCAGCGCAGAAAAGCCCAUUCUUGGACACAGAGGGCGCUGUUGUCUCCUGUAUGCCCUACACGUGCAAUCGUCUACUGACCAUCUUGGCAAAGGAAAGGUCACGCCCGGUCGCGAUCAGAACACUUAAUUUCCUUACAGCCAACUCCAAAUUGCUCUCUGCUGUCAAAACACCUGGCUUCUUCUUUGACUGGCAGGAGUACUUCAAUAGCUUAUCUGAAAGCUGCCCAGAAGAGACGGAUAGUGAGACAGCCUCUGUAUCCUUCGCAUCAAGUAGCCCUGUAUUAAGUGCAAUGUGGGAUCUAAAGGACAACAAAGCUUUGGACCUAUCAGGGAGGAAUUCUCCCCUCAGCCAUGUUGAAAUGUACGAGGAGGAAUUCAUUGUGAAGCUUCUUGGAGCGGUUGCAACGUCGACCAAUCUCCUGCAGAGACAGGUGGUCAAGACCACCAGGGACAAGCAGGUCGCAGUGGACCGGAAGUCGAAGGCAUCAGGGCCUUCCUCGUCUAGCAAUGGAAGCGGACUGAAGGCCCGGGACACCUCCCAGCGGAAGUCAGUCCGAUGGGGCGACUCCCUGACCCAGGGGACCAGGCAACAGCUCUGUGGACUCUAUUUUGAGCAGCUGUGGCAGGAGUUUGGGGCCAACUUGGCAAAUGGACUGCAGCAGGUCCUUUGGAAGUCCAAAGGCAUGGAUCAUGUCGAUGAGGUCUUGGGUCAUGUAUCGCAGGUGGAUGACCUUGCAGCCUUAACAAUAGUUUGGGUCAUGGAGUCAUCUUGUACCAAAGAACAAAAGAAUCGUUUGUCGCAAGGUGCUCUCAAGGCUAUGCACAGCCUUGCCACAUCGCUGCAACUCAGGACUGUAUUAGCAGCAUGGGACAGAGGUAUGUGUGAAGUGUUAGCAUCGAUGCGGUCCGACAAGUGUCUCAUCUCCCACCUCAAGCCCGGUCAGAUGGAGAGCAAGACAUGUCAGCUAUUCCAACGUUCCAUCGUCCCCCUCCUGUGUUUCCUCAAGUCGAUAGAGCAGCACUCUGCUUCCUCUGGUCCUGGACAUCCUAAAGGCAAGAAUGGUCUGAACUUCCUGAUCCAUGGAGCGCAAGCCCAGGUCUCCUACUGCCAGGCUGGGGUGGUCCAGGCUCUGACCAGACUAGCGGUCAGUCUAGGAACCGCUGCCCAGUGGUGCCAGUUCAAGAGCCAGGACUUCCUUGCUAACUGGACGGUGGGCCCAUUCUUGCUCAUAUCAUAUGGGGAUCUAAGGGUCGUGAACGACCAUGCCAUGGCCACGCUGAAACUCCUUCCAGCGUUACGUUCUGUGCUCUCCACAACACAGGGGCCUGUAAGCCCCCGGCGUCAGCAACCUCAGAUUGCGGUCGCUAACUUCAACUCACACAUGGAGUCUCUGCAUCAUAGACUCAAUACUGAACUUAGCAGACUGCAAGGUUUGUCUAGUCACUGUAGCAGGCAGUUCUGUAGAGAUUGCUUGAAGAUCAGUGACGAGUUUUGGCCUAAGGCUAUGCCGAUGGGAAAGGUCUGGCGGAAGAAGACUACCGAUGAAUUACCGAGCAUCCAUAAUACCUACGCUGCCAGCAUCGUAGACAAUCUCCUAGUGCCGAUCGCUGAGGGUGUGACCAAGCUAAAGACGACAGCUCAGAUCACCAUCAUGUCCAUCGCUGUUCAGACCAUGCUGGAGAGCUGGAUGACAUUCAUCUUGAAAGAGAAACCAAAGUUCAGUGUGCAUGGGGCUCAUCAGCUAGAACAAGACUUCAGCUACGUCCGUCAGUGGUUGUCUUCAGAGGCCAGUAAGCUAGAUCCAGAGAGCAAACAGAGCGUCCUGUCUCUCGAUGCGAUACGUAACUUUGAGGGCGCCAUACUCCUUCUAAAGCAGCAGCCUCUUAGACGCACAGCGAUGGCCAGUGCUUCAUCGAAAGAAGAAAUCAACUCGGAGUACAGCACCAGCACAGCUCAGAGCACGGGAUCCCGGCGGGGUAGCUUUGGCAGCAUGUCCGACUCCCCCCUCACCGUACAGAACCUGGUACCCCCUCCCCACCCCAACACCCUUCCCCUGGGUGGGGACAGCAGCGACGCCAUGGCGGGCUCGGACCGGGGCUACGUCACCGACUCCGUGGACGGCAUCGACGACGAGACCUACAACAUCCCCCAUCGAAAGGAAUGGUUGAGUCUACGGGUGCACACAGGGAACAAGUGGAAGAGUCCAUUCAGCUGUUUAAACUCACCAGCGGGUAUGGAAAGCUGAAGGUUAUUCGAGGGACAGGCUUUGAUGCAUGUCAGCCACCAAAUUGUCACCUGAAUAGCCUUGUGUAUAUAUACAUUACUGUUCCUUAAGUAACUUGGGGGAGGGGGCAUCCCUCUUGUUCCCCUCCCAACUGAAAUAUUAUGAACCCCUUUUGCACAAUGCUUGUUGCAUAUCCCCUAUUUUUGUCUAUUUAAAAGCAGCUUUCCUGAUUCCAUGAUUGAUGUGAAGUCUGAAGUGUCAUGGUGAUUGCAUUGUGUAUGGUUAUAUGGUCACAUACACGUGUACCUUAGAAGUCACGAGAGUACAGAGCAGUGCGUAAGUUGAUGUUAGUGAGCAGGUCUCACGUUUCAUAUUGUACGACCAUUCCAAGUAAAAUAGAUUAUAGGAAACAGACAAGCUUCCUUUAGUUUUAAUGAUUACUGCGGAGUACGAUUGCAGUAAAUUGGCCGAGUUGGUGGCUUUUUCUGUUCGGAAGGCUGAAAUGGUUUCAUUUGUCGUAUCGUUCAUGUUGAAAUGAACUGUAUUGAUUUAUCCAGACUGUACCAAGGUCCUAGUAAGUGUUCUGUUUUUCAGGAUGUAUGGUAUACAAGUACAUGCAGCUAAGUUAAUGUAAUAGUGUGUAGGAUGGUUGAGUAAAAACCUUUGAAGUGCAUUUGAUUUUU